GUGGUUUCAGUCUCCGCCGGAGUCUUCACGUUUAAACUGUCCUACUAGUCUUGUGUGAAAUAAAUCUCACAAUAGCUAUGAUAGCAUUUGUCAUCAGUACAUGAAAUAAUGAAAUACAUGCGUUUUUCCCAUAUUUCUAUGACGAUUUUACAAUAUUUUCUUUUCCAGAGCUAAUUAUGUGCCAUAUGAAGUUUAUGACUAAAGACGCUCGUCACUCUUGUUUGGCCGCCAUGUCUGAUAUUCUUCUGAAGCUUAGCUUAUUGAGUUCGUGUUGUGCUAUAUCUUGUUGGGAAUAAAAGACAGUGAAUUUCGUUGUGAUAAAGCAGCAGAUAUAUAGGAAUAUCGUAAAACUAUAUACUCGGAAUGUGUGUGGAGUGUGUCUGGAAUUAGAGCAAAUCGAUAUAAUUUGCUUUUGCAGAAGUCUUCAACAUCGUAUUUUUAGUUCAUCCGCCAUAUUGGCGUUAAUAUCUCUUCGUAAUGUCUAAGCCAUGAACCUGAAAAGAAAUCACUCUGAACACUAAGAUGUCAAGAAAAUGGAAUAUAAAAUAUGGAAAACACAUUUUCAGAUUGAGCUGACACCAUUUAAAUAUACUACUAUUUGGAGAAAUCUUAGUCUUGGAGGAACAUCAGCAGGCACUACUGUUUUGUGCCAGGUAUGAUUUAAUUUUGUUGAUUAAUGGGAUGACCUGCCUCCUGGUGCUGUAGCACCACAUUUAAUUUAUUUUGAUAGAAUGGUUUUACGUUACUGGAGGAAAUAGCUAAUGCCUCUAAGUCAGAGAUUGGAGGAGCCUCUAGUUGCAAUUGAGAUAGCAGAUUCCAGCACAAUGCAGCAGGCUGUAGAUCCACUGGCGACGACGAGCACUCCGACUGCGGAACCAAUCAAUGGCGCUCCGCCUGACGAGCCUGCGCGCAGGCAGGGACGGAUAACUAACCAACUACAAUUCCUUCAGAAAAAUGUUAUGAAGGCAGUAUGGAAACAUCAAUUUGCCUGGCCUUUUCAUCAGCCAGUGGAUGCCAAGGAAUUAAAUCUGCCGGAUUACCACAAAAUCAUCAAGAAGCCUAUGGACUUGGGCACCAUCAAAAAGAGGCUCGAGUCAAAUUAUUACUAUUCUGCUCAAGAAUGCAUCCAAGACUUCAACACCAUGUUCACCAACUGCUAUGUCUACAACAAACCUGGCGAGGAUGUGGUGGUCAUGGCGCAAACUCUAGAGAAACUCUUUCUGAAUCGAAUAGCUCAAAUGGAUAAAGAGGAAAAGGAAAUAGAAGUACCGUCGAAAGGUGGGAAAGGUGGCGUGAAGAAGCGAACGACCGGUGGGAGCAGCGGCGGCAGUGCGAGCGCGAGCGGCGGCGGCGGGGCGCGCGGGGCCGCCGUGAAGACCAUGCCGGCGCCGCCGCACCCCGCGCUCGUGGGCUCCACCAACACCACCACUACGCCCGCGCUCACGCUCGCCACGCCCUCCGUCACGCCGCCCGCCACCCACACCGGUCUCCCGCAACAGGUUGCCACUCAACAGUCAAGUUUCCACGUAGCGCAAGCUGCUGCCACGCCCGUUUCGACUAUAUCGUCGGUUGCACUUUCGCAGACUCAACCGGCUAAGGUUAAAAAGGGCGUUAAGAGAAAGGCUGACACCACUACACCUAUGGGCAGUUCCUUUGAAGGAGGAUACACUACUCCAACCAUAGAUCAGCAAAGUGGUCCUAAACCUGCCAAAAUAUCCACCAGAAGAGAGAGCGGACGCCAGAAAAAGGCCGGCAGGACGGGCGAAGACUCAUUCAAGAUGGGCGCGCUGUCGCCCGGCGUCGGCGGGCCGGGCGCCUCGCACCACGCCGCUCUGACCCCGCAACUCGCAAAGGGCAAGGAAAAACUAUCCGAUGCCCUCAAAAGUUGCAAUGAAAUUUUAAAAGAGCUUUUCUCUAAAAAGCAUUCGGGCUAUGCCUGGCCAUUUUACAAACCUGUGGAUGCCGAAUUACUUGGACUCCAUGACUAUUUUGAUAUAAUUAAGAAGCCUAUGGAUCUCGGGACCGUGAAACAGAAGAUGGACAACAGAGCGUAUAAAACUGCUGCCGAAUUUGCAGCUGAUGUGCGUUUAAUAUUCACAAACUGCUACAAGUACAACCCCCCAGACCACGAUGUUGUGGCGAUGGCAAGAAAACUACAAGAUGUUUUUGAAAUGAGAUAUGCUAAAAUUCCUGAUGAGCCCAUACAUGUGGGAGUUCCUCACAUGGAUAAAGGAAGCUCUGCAUCCAGUUCCGAGUCUGGCUCGGAAUCAGACUCUGAUUCAGAUGACUCUGAAGAAGAAAGGAAUAAUAAAGUAAAGCUUCUAGAGAAAGAGUUGCUCGCAUUGCAGGAGAAAAUGAGGAAGUUAGUGGAAGAGUCCAAUACCAAGAAAAAAGCAAAAAAGAAGGUUAAAGAUAAAUCAUCAAAGAAGCAAAUGGUCAACAGUGCAAUGCCGAAGGCGAAUGCAGUAGCGGGCUAUGGCGCCAAGGCUAACAAUAUUGCAGAGAAUAUAGUUGGUGUUACAGCCACAGGGAGCGCACGCGGCAAAGGUGGCAGCAAGCGCGGAGGCGGCGGCGGCGGCGGCAAGGGCGGCUCGCGGGCCUCCGCGCCGGGCAAGAAGAAGAACUCCGCGCCCAGCACCGCGCCCGCGGCGCACGCGCCACCGCACGCCGACACGGACGACGAGGACGUCGCCAAGCCCAUGUCCUACGACGAGAAGCGGCAGCUCUCGCUCGACAUCAACAAGCUGCCCGGCGAUAAACUGGGCAAAGUAGUGCACAUAAUACAGAGCCGGGAGCCGUCGCUACGUGACUCUAACCCAGACGAGAUCGAGAUAGAUUUCGAAACCCUUAAGCCAUCCACGCUUCGUGAGCUCGAAAAUUAUGUAGCGUCCUGUCUACGAAAAAAGACACGUAAGCCGCAUUAUCGUAAAGUCUCCGGUAAAUCUAAAGAUGAACAAAUUGCGGAAAAGAAACAGGAGUUAGAAAAACGACUGCAAGAUGUGUCUGGACAAUUAGGAACUACUAAGAAGCAACAAGUGAAAAAAGAAGGCUCAAAGGAAGCACUGGCCGGCGGCGGCGGCGGCGGCAUGUCUUCCUCGUCCAGCUCGUCCGACUCGUCCAACUCGUCGUCCAGCACCGACACCAGCUCCUCCGACACCAGCGACAGCGAAGCAGGUGCCGGCACGAAACCGCCGAAGAAGAAGAUGAAGAAGCAACCACAUCCUGCGCUACCUGCGAAAAUCGUUCCACCGGUGCCGACGGCCGGUAGUUGUUUGUCCGGGGCGGCGGCAGGCGCGGGCGCGGGCGACCCCGAGGCCAAGCCCCUCGUGGAAGUGAAGCCUCCCGCGGAGGUGAAGCUGGCCCCCGUCGCGGACGCCAAGGAACCGCCCGUGGCGCCCAGCGCGCGCGCCAUCCCGCCCGCCGCCGCGCCGCCCGCCGCCCCUGACUCCUCUCACUCUUCCCACUCGUCACACGCGCCACACUCGUCGCACACGUCGCACACAUCGCACCCGUCACACGCGGCGCCCGCGCGCGACCCAGUCGACCAGAAACCGCCCGUCAAAGCCGAGCCCCGCAACGGACUUGACAAAGCCGAUUCCUCGCACUACAUUGAUCCAAUAGAGCGCACCCUCGCCAAUCUAGAGCGCACCCUCAAGGCCGACGUUCCCAUGGACGUCAGCGUCAGCGCUUCCGAAUCAUCCAUGCGUCUCGAUAACUUCGCCAUGCCCAAGCCGCAGAUGUUGAGCGAUUCGACGCACCAAAAUUUAAUGGCGCACCUCGGCGGACUGGCCGAAAUGUCGCACGUUCCCGAUCAGAUCAAGUCGGAAAUGUAUCCACCGCACAACGGCUUCAUCGAUAAGUGCAUGCAACAAGAGCGCGAGAUGCUCCGGGGCGACAUGAACCCGGGCAUGGGCGGGAUGACGGGCGUGCCGCCGGUGCCGUCCAUCUUCGACCCGGCGCCGGCCGCACCGCUCUCGGUGAUCGCGCAGGCGCACCACGCGGCGCCCGGCGCGCCACUCGCCGCGCCCGUCAAGAAGGAGGAUGUCAAGCCGCUGCUCACGCCCAAACCCAUCGAGGACCUCAUCGGGGUCCCGCCUAUGGUCCCCAAUAACAUGGAUAGAAACAAAUACGAAAUGGAUAAGAAAAUGGACGAAUCUAAAAACAACUUUGCUCAAGCUUUUAAGUUAAAACAGGAGCAAAACCUGAAGAAUGCGAGCUCGUGGUCCUCCUUGGCUCAAGCUGGAAGCCCGCAGAGCAUUCCUAAUGUGAGCUCUAACAACCAAAUAAAGCAGAAGCCCGUUAUGGAUACUUUCCAAGAAUUCAAGAAGCAAGCAAGGGAGAAAAUCAAUCGGCAAAGAGCUCUGAUCGAGCAGCAGGAGCUCCGGAGAAAGGAGCAGGCGGAGCGAGAGAGACAGCGCCAGGAAACGGAACGGAGACAUCCCGACGACGACAAGAUGAGGGCACUUGGCGGAGUCCGCAAAUCAGAAACGGGUGACGUGGCGUCGCCGAGCGUGUCGCCGGUGGCGCGCGCGUCGCCGCCCGCCGCGGCCGCCGGCGGCGCCGCCGCCUCCGCGGGCGACAAGCCCGCCGCCUCCGAGCGCGAGCGCCUCCGCCAGCGCGAGCAAGAGAGACGUCGUCGGGAAGCGAUGGCUGGUCAAAUUGACAUGAACAUGCAGAGCGACCUAAUGGCUGCAUUUGAAGAAUCUUUGUAAUAAUAGAUACGUGAACUUAAUUCUACAAAGCAAAAUCGUUACACACCGUUAAUGUACGAACCACUACCGUACGACCCUUAAACGAUUUGUUCUUGCUAUUGUGGUUGAUGACAUUUUGAUCGUUAUACAUAACUUUGUAAAUAUAAUUAAUUAGGUAUAGGGACGCAAAAUCAAUUGCCAACCCCUGACAGUCAAUUCAGUUUUAUAUGCUGAAAAAAUAUUGACAGAAUUCGGAUAAUAACCCGUACUUCUAAAACGAUUUUGAUUUAUAGAAUCGUACCGUCGGCCGCGCAACUCCCGUUCUGACAAUAUUCAAUCAUAAUCAGUGUGCGGUGAAAUGUGACUCCAAGUGAAAUAGUGAUUUGUGCGUGGAACCAUUGACUAACAUGUGUAUAAGAGCUGUGAAUAGGAUACUUAUAUUAAAUUAAACUGUUGUACCAUCAAUCUAGAUUUCGUGUUCGCGAGUUAAGGGCCUCUCCAAGGAGGUUGCAUUUUAAAAUUAUGUGUAAUAUAUAAGUUGAUUGUAAGUUAUUAAAAUAAACUCUCUUUACAUUUAUAAGCCAUUUGUUACGAGGUUCUUGUUAAGGGUUGAAAUUAAAGCUGUUGUCUCCCCGGAACUCUGUUUAUAUGUCUGAUGUGCGCGAUACUGAUGUAUUGUAUCUCCACCUUUGCUGUUAGCUGAAUCAGUGUGAGGAGCAGCUACCUAUACGUCCACUGCACGGCUCAGACCACUAGUCACUUUCUCUAGUCACUCCUUUAAUUUCAUCGUCUUUAUCCUUCAAUCUUAGGACCACAACACCUACCCUGUCUAAAGUAAUCCUUAGUUCAAUGUUUGCCACUUACAUACCUUGUAUAUGAUGAGAUAAAUAUGUAUAGGAGUAAGGAGAAGUUUUAUUUGUAUAUAGUAUAUAACACUUACUGUUGCCGCCCGGUCAUAGAUUAACGUAAUCUAAUUAACAGUGGUAUUAGGUAUUUUAAUUUAUUUAUUUUAACGAAUACAAUGAAAUUGAAGAUGUGUAUCAUACAUAAAUCCUAAAUGCCAGAAUCGAAUAGACGAGUAUCCACGUAACGGACCAAAUUUUACUGUAGAUGUAUAAGCGGCAUAGUUUUAGCGAAGUAAUUUAGUGCGAUAAAGUGACUAGUAGUGCUGGGCUGGGGGAAGACCGUGUUAUCCGAAAAGAAACGUUGUGGCCUACAGUGUACACAAUCUUUAACAUCCGGGAUACCCAAAAAACGGUUCUUCAUUUCAAACCAGAACUGGAGGCUCGGGACACUUCCAUAAUUAAAGAUUUGUAGUUGAUACUAAUAUAGUAGUAUUUCAAUGAAAUAAAAGUAAUGAUGUAAGCAGUCAAUGGAACUACGAAAUGUUUUAUCUUGUAUCUAUCAUAUGUUGACAUGUACGUGUUGGUGUAUUGUGCCACUAACUGCAUGAAGUGGUUGCCGCUUUAAUUAAAUAAACUUAAAACAAUCUAUUGCUUUCAAGCAACAUAUAAUGAAAAAUAAAUUGAUUAUUUUGUGUAUUUAUUAGUAAAUUACAUUUUCUGUUACAUAUUCGGUAUUCAAUAAAAUAAUUCUUAGUGUUGGUAGAAUUUAUCAGUCUGUCAUUGUUUGAAAUCAGAUCAAAUGUCAUACAUUUGAUUUGUGAAAUAUAUUUAUUUUACAUUGAGAAAUGCCUUUUUAUGUUUGUAGAUAGACUCUCCAUUAGACUUUUUGUACUAAAUAAUAUCCUAAAUAAAUAUUCUGCGUACCUACUCAUAAAUAAGGUAUCAGGAGUAAACAUGAUAAUAAAUACCAACUCAAAACGCAUUGUAUAUUGAUAAGCAAUUUAGUUUGUCGUUUACUCAUAUCAAUUGUAGAUAUGAACUAAAAUAUACAUUCCAUAUUGUAA